AGGCGCACUGUCAGACAGCGUGGAUCGUCAAGAAGCGCACUGUCCACUGCUCGGCUUAAGAGCACUUAAUCUGUCAUUAGCGAGGUAUUUUGAGACGGUGCACCAGCGACGGAUACCGGCUGGCUGUUAUAUCAGCCGUCCGAACCUCUCCUGGACAGUACAGCCGUACUUGUGAGCCUCGGCAGCGAAAUGGAGAUGGAGCACUUUGACGAGCGGGACAAAGGUCAGAGGCACAGCCGGUCUAGUGCGAAGAUGAACGGUGUUCCGAGUCCCACACACAGCGCCCACUGCAGUCUGUACCGGACCCGGACCCUGAAGACUCUGAGUGCGGAAAAGAGAGCCAAGAAGGUCCGCUUCUACCGCAACGGAGACCGAUACUUCAAUGGGAUUGUGUACGCCAUCUCCUCUGACAGGUUCCGCACCUUUGACGCCUUGCUGGCGGACCUGACCCGCUCCCUAUCCGACAAUGUCAAUCUGCCUCAGGGUGUCCGGACCAUCUACACCCUGGAUGGCUCCAAGAAGAUUACCAGUAUUGAUCAGCUGGUAGAAGGUGACAGCUAUGUUUGUAGCUCCACUGAAGCCUACAAAAAGUUGGAUUACACAAAGAACGUGAACCCCAACUGGUCGGUGAACGUCAAGGCUGCAGCGGCGGCGUUCCGCGGGCCUCCUUCUCUCGGCAGCACCAAGGCCAGCACCUUAGAGGGUCGCGAAAACAAGGACUUCAUCCGUCCCAAGCUUGUGACAGUGGUGCGGAGCGGAGUGAAGCCCCGGAAAGCAGUGAGGAUCCUCCUGAACAAGAAAACAGCCCAUUCCUACGAACAGGUCCUGACCGACAUCACUGAUGCCAUAAAGCUCGACUCUGGAGUGGUGAAGAAGAUUUACACACUGGACGGCAAACGGGUGUCGUGCUUGCAGGACUUCUUUGGCGAUGAGGACAUCUUUGUGGCUUGUGGACCAGAGAAGUUUCGCUACCAAGAUGACUUGAUGCUGGAUGAAAGUGAGUGUCGUAUGAUGAAAUCAUUGACCUAUGGGAGGAUGUCGGGCUCUCUGAACCGAGGCUCCCCCAGGACUGUUGUCCAAUCACUGCGCAGCAAGUCGCCUGCAUCUGUGAACGGGACGCCGGCCAGUCAGCUGUCAACCCCUCAUUCGGGAAAAUCUCCCAGCCCCUCCCCAACCAGUCCAGGCAGCCUCAGCCGACGCAGGGAAAAGGACAAAGCCGGGACUGAGAAUAGGCCGACUACUUCUUAGAAUCACUAGAAUAUGAAGAAAGCACAACUUCCCAGCAUCUUUAGUAUUUCAGAGGGGGGAGAGGCAUUAGACCUCACCUAGUGCUGCUCUUGGCUUCCAACAAGACAAUUAUUACUUUCAUUCAUAUAAUCUAGCACAUUUCCACAUUUUCUGGCCCGUAACUCGUUGUCCCUCAUGAAGACCUCUGUCUGCCUUUGGCAGCUCAACACUAAAUCAUGUUAUCACUGACUUAUUGAGAUCACCUGAUCUGUCAGUCAGUAAAUUGUGCAGUAUCUGAUGUAAAGGUGAGACUGACUGGCAAUGUGAGCAGUCUGCCCAAAUCUGCAGUGUGUUUUUAUUUUGCAGAAAUUGGAUUUCAUCUUUCUUCACCUACCGGGCUUUGCAUUGCAUUGCGUUGUAGCAUCUUUCAGCAAAAAGAAAAAGAUGCAAUCAGUACCAACUUCUGAUAUAGAAUUUCUUUUUUUUUUUAAUCAAGUCACUUAUUUUGUACUUGUCCAGUUGUGUAAAUGAUCUAGAAACACAUUUUGUACUAGUCUAUUUGAUUUUAUUUAUUUGAUUUUUUUUUUUGUCAUGUAUGCCUGUUAACACACCUUAAUCUGUUUUCUGUAGCUGACAGGAGAGAAAGAAUCUGAGCUCAUACUGUGUGCACCAUAUAAAAUGACUACUGUACAGAGCAGGAGCAUGCAACUCAAAGGGAAAACUUUGAAUUCCACAAUACCCCAUCUUGACCUCAUGUGCAGUGCGUGUGUGUGCGCGUGUGCAUAUGCUUGUGUCAGAGUAUUCGUUAAUCCAGUCUUUGACAGUGAUGUUGGUGAGCUUUUAAGAACAGCUCCAAUCCUAAUCACUCAGUUUUCUCACAGCAGCUUUUAAAUUUGCAGGAACAAAUUUACAGCCGACUGCUGUUUCUUUCUCCCUCCUAAAAAAACACUUACGUGCUCAGUUCACCUCACCCUCUGGAAUACAGAAAGAAAAAAAAAAAAAUAUAUAUAUAUAUAUAUAAAUAUAUAAAUAUAUAUGUAUAUGUAUGUGUGUGUGUUUCCACUUGCAUAUGUUUCAUGUUUUUCUAAAGCACAUUGAUUGAAACUCAGUGCACGUUCUGCCUGACUGCAGGGAUGCAGCUAUGAUGUAUGUUGUAACUAUUUAUUUACACCGGCGGUUUUUAUGGGCGGAAAGGCAGGGAGGUCAUUACCUUUUAUAUAAAUUAUAUGGCUGUGUGUAUGCAUGACUGUAUACUCUAAAGUAAGCUUUCAGGUUAAAGAAUCAAUUUCUUGGCUUUAAAGGAUUUAUUUUUGUGCUAUAUUCCAUGAACAUAGAUGGAUGGCACAGAGUCUGAAUCCAUCAGUGAGAUGUUAUAUUGAUGUGAUCUGAAGGUCACCCAGGAUAACGGCAACAGAUCAGAUUUGAGUCGUAGCUGCCGAUGUGUAACAGAGCUUCCACAUUCAUCUGAAUUAUGGAAUUGGGUCAUUGUAGUUUACAGUGUUGAGAGGAAAUGUGCCGGCUCGUGCGCACAUUUAUAAACUCUACCUCCCUUUCUGUGUUCUGGUUAAAUAAACGUGCCUCAGUCAUUGUAGAAAAUUGCACUUUCUGUCUCUUCCACAUAAUGAAAAUUCAGCGCUAGAGAAAAUAUUAAAAAAAAAAAAAAAACCCUCCCCUUUACUCUCCAAAUGCAACCACACAACCUAUCCUUUUGUUUCCACAGCCUUCUUAAAUUAGUUUUCUAGUGUAUUUCAGACCUCAGAGUUGCAGCGGUUACAUUCUAGCUGAGUGUCUGUUUCUCAAAGAGGGAUUAUUCCAGCCUCUACACCAAGCCUGCAAUGGCUUGACUGCUGUAAGGAGAGGAAGAAGCCUCACAGGCCAUUAUCGCUUCCCUCCACUCUGCAGCUCCACACUCUUCAGCCAUAUUACGAUGUAAUUCUCUUCUCCACUUCUUACUUCUUCUAUCUUCCCUGUUACAGAUUUCCUCCCUGUCCCUUCCUUCCCGACACCUUCUAAUUUCUCUUUUACAGCAUCUUCCAGUCAUUCUUACACCCUCACACCCCUCCCCACCCCCCUUCGCCUCCCCAUAGGAGUAGGGAAAGGGUAUUAACUUCAUGGGGAGAAAUUAUAUUCUGUCAUCUCCCUUAUAGAUUAUUUCUAAGCUUCUUUGAGAAGAAGGCACUGAGUCCACAUUUUGCACAUUUUCUCUCUUUCUUUGUGAGUAGUGUGUAAACAUGCGUGAAUAAUGAUAAAUGCACACCUCCCUAAACAAGCAAGUAACAUUCUCAAUCCUGAAGAGCGUAACUCAGUCAAACCUAAGUAGUAAUGUGAGGUUUAAAGUGGCUAAAAUACCACAUUCAAAGCUAUCAAAGACGAGGUUUAAGUGGUAAAAUGAAGGUUAAAUAAAACAAAUAAAAGGAAAAAAAAGCCGUAGUGCCUCGGUGACCUACUCCGAGUGUUGCAUUUAACAGUUCACCCCGCUGGACCCUGCAUUUAAACACUUAGAGGCUCUUUGCUGCCUGAAGUAGGUUGCUAGCACAUCUAGGACCAUCACAACCUAUUUCCCCAAGCAGAGCGUACAGACGUAGCAUUGCACCAUGGCUUUUUUUCCCCCUUUUAAUGCAUUCACGUCUGUAAGCAAACAGACACACACACACACACGCAUCUUCAGAGAAGCUGCACGCAGGGUAACUUCUGUGUUCGUGCAUGCUUCAGUGGAACACUUUUGUACAGAAAAUUUGUGCACAAGCGGUAGACGGUAGCUUCACGCACACUUACGCGUUGUUUUUUUUUUUUUUUUUUCCCUAAAUUUGAUUCUCUCUGUGACCCAUUUUUAUUAAAUGUCAAGUGAAGCAUGAAAGUGUGGUCUACACUCACAAAGUCGUCCCCCCAACCCCCUCCACUUUCAGCUUCUUAUGAGCUUUUCAAGGCCACUUGCCUCACUGAGAGCAUCCUAGAUUUCCAUAUUAAUUUUAUUUUAAUGUUUUCUAUAAGACUUACAGACACAUUAAUGCACAGGGGAACACACCCUCAACUUUGUUUUCUGUCAAUAACAGCUCUGAGGCAUAAUUCAAUGGGACGCCAAGGUCACUGCUCUUUCCUGUCUGUCUGCUCCAUUUGGCAUGAAAACAAAUAAACAGAGAUAUAUGGUUUAAAAAAAAAAACAAUGCAUUAAGAGGAGCGACUGACAGAUUGAAAGGCGACACAAAUGGAAGGUCUGUGCUGCAGCAGCUGUGAUACAUUCAUCAGCGUCUAAGAGAAACAAAGUGCUGAUUGUUAUCUGUAGUAUCACCUUCAUCCUCCUCUCACCAUUCAUCCAUUCUUGUCUAUAAUCCAUUGAAUUGCAUGCUCCGUCUCAUUCUUAGCGUUUAUGUUAUGUGUUGGGUGAUUCAUUAUUAAAUUAUUUGUGUGUGAGUAUGUGUGAAAGAGAGAAUGCUGACUGAAGGGGAACGUGUGCGUUAUGAACUUCUUAUUAAUGUCUCAUCCAUUCCCAUGAGUGUGUUGUUGCUAAAGAUUGUAUUUGUUAUUUUUGGUUGUAAUAUAUUUCUUAUUUUAUGUUGUGUUCAUGUCAUUAGCCGGCUUGUUUCUGUGACUACCAAAAAGACCGGCUGCAUCACGUGAUGGACUGAAUGGAAACAGUGAUUUUUUAAAAUUUUAUUUAUUUUAAAACAAAACAACAAAAUCAGUCCUCCAAAUUAUUCACUGAUGAUUCAAAUACCACUCAUAUCUAAAAGGGCUUCCUGAUCAUUUUGGCACUUUCCAUUAACAGAUUUUUGUAAACAUGUCAAUUAUCGAUAUAUUUUCGUGGUUCCGUCAUCGUGAUGCUGCUUUCUCUUCUUGGCUCAUUUGUUUUUGUUUGCUAAAUGUAUUCAUUUUCAUUUGCUGAUGUCCUCAUUAAAUUCAUUGCCAUUUCA